GGCUCGUUGAGCGGGUGACCACGUGACAAGUGAGGGCUUGAGGCAAAAUGGCGACUGUAGCUGAGCUAAGGAGAGAGGUGGAAAUUGCGAGAGAAGGGCUGAAAAAUGUCGACGAAACCAUCAAAAAACUUACUGGAAGGGAUCCUUCGGAAUUCAGACCACCAGGGCGGCGAGUGUCACUCAAGAGGGACUUUGGCGACCGGAGCGGACUACAUGGGCCAGGCGGCAAGAGGAGAGUCAGCGGAGAUGAUCAAUCUGGGCCAAGAGGAAGACUGUCGAGCCGUGUGAUUGUGAGCCAGACAUCACAAGUUUCAGCCCGCCAUUCACUGGAUAGUGACGGUGAAGAAGAAGAGGAUGAUUCAAAAAAGCCGUCUAUCCAGUCAUCUGUGGUAGCUACAGCAGCGCCAGUUCGCCUCAAGCGAGAACCUGUCAUUGCCGAUGAUGCCAAAACAAAAUCAAGAAACCGAAGAAUGUUUGGCAUGCUUCUAGGAACACUGCAAAAAUUCAAGCAAGACAGCGUCUCUCACUCUGAUAAAGAGAAACGCAGGGAAGAAAUAAACAAAAAGCUGGAGGAAAAGGAAGCGAAAGAAAAAGAGGAAAUGGCAACUCAACGCAGAGACUUGUACAAUGCUAGAAGAGCCAAACAAGCAGAGCUUAAGAGAUUGGAGUGGAAAGUUGAACUUACAGCUAUGCAAGAGGAAUGGGAUCAAAAUAGUCUUCAUCUGUGUAAUUCUAUCAAAACAAAGGCUACUCCUCCAAUAUUCUAUCUACCAUCAAAACACACAGAUAAGACACAAAAACUGCUAGAGGAAUCAUCUAGAGCAGUCAAACGAGCCAUGGCGAAGCGGCGAGCAGAAAUUGAAGAAGAGCUAGAAAAGGAAGCAGAACGCAUCAAGGCAACCCAAGGGGAAGGUGGUACCAUAGGAGGGGAGGGUGGGGAGGAUCCCAAGGGGGGAGGGGAGAUGGACACUAGUGUUAAUGAACAGGAGGAAGUGAGGGAAAAUGAUCAUGUGGCAGCAAGCAGCGACACUCGACAGGUAAUUGUCACAGAGGAUGACCCCAUGGAUGCAGAGGGAAUGGAAUAGUUAUUGUACUGUGUUAGUCUGUUUUAGAUAUGUGGUCUGUUAACCUCUUUCUCUCUUGUAUGUUUACAUCAUCAUGUUGUAUUUUUCUCAUCGCUUGCGUUGUUGCUUACACUAGGUACAUACUAAAAUGGAUAACAAACUGCAUGCAUGCCUUUGUUAAAUCUGCUAUCCUGUGCCGUACUGGUUCCACUGUUUCAUGUUAAACUUUUCUGAGAGCAUUUUCUACUCCUGAUUGAGGUUAAUUUUUUAGCUUUUCAAUGAUACAGUCUCAAUACCCUUUUUCCUGCAUCGUCUGAAAAGCACUCGUCUUGAAGCGUACUAAACAUUGAGGCAGAGGUCUUAAACUUGACAUGGUUUUAAGACCAGCAAUUAUAAAUUAUUGCUUCCAAACAAGGGCCUGAUUAUAAAAGAUGUCAAGAUGCCACAGUCAUAUUUAAAACAUUUAAAAGUUCAAUAAUCCCAUCUUAACAAAGCUGCUUAAUCCCAUUGUGUUGUCUUUGUGUUGUACAGCAGCAUCUUUUGUGUCAACUGUGCUAUGUUGCUUAUCUCUUGAUUGUCUUUGCCAUUCCAUUAUGUCCCCAAGUAUCAGUUCCAAGAAGCUAUUGCAUUCAACACAUUCAGACACAUUGAAGUAGGGAACCAAACACAAACCUGUGCCGAUGGUGGGACUUGUACUUACAGUUGUUUGUAGUUUACUGUAGUGUUUGUUUCCUUUUUGUUUUGUUUUUCAUUUUCUGUCAACACAGUUUUGUAGACAAUGUUAUUGUGUUUAUGGAUAUGAAUGGCAGAUUGCCAAAUCCUCAAUAGAAGAGACCAGCAGCAAUGGACUGGUAGUACAUUCUGUCAACCAGCUAUGGGAAAUCCAGUUAUGCAUUAACUCCUACAGUUGUAAAUUUUCGGAUUUUUUAGGGCAAAUGUGAAUAAAGCUAUAUUUCAUGA